UUCGGAUUCGACCCGUUUUCGGAAACGGAAGUAUUGUCAGUGGGUCUCUACUCUCUCUCUCGCUCUCUCGCUCACCUGAAACCUAAAACGUAGAUUUGGACACAGAAAAGGAGAAGGCGAAGAAGAUGGUGAAGGUCGCGACCUACUUCGCUAUGACUUUGGGAGCUUUCGUGUUCUGGCAGUCCAUGGAUAAAGUCCACGUCUGGAUCGCCCUGCAUCAGGACGAAAAGCAAGAAAGACUCGAAAGGGAAAUGGAGAUUAAGAGGGUUAGAGAAGAGCUGCUGCAGCAGCAAGCCAAACAAAGGGAGACUCAAGCAUGAGCGACUCAGAUUUAUCUUCUUGUACCUUCGUAUUCCGUUGUUUCCUCUACUUCUGAUUUUGUCCGAGCAUUGCUCUGUUGAACACAAUCGCAAUUCUGGAAUAAUUUAACUUGGCAUUCACAGAAUAGCUAAGUUCUGUCUUAUCUAUGACUUUACAUAAGCUUUUGAAAAUCA